UAUUGUUUUGUUUGCUGCUACGGAGUCGCGUAAUAGCCAGCCGCACCUCCGAAAACGUCCACCUCGUCAUGCAUAUUUAGGGAAAAUUUCGCACGUUUCACCCCGCGCGACGUAUCGCCUUGGUCGUGGAGUUUUUGCGACGUUGAAAACGUUGGCAAGAGGCAUUCGCGCGCGUGCCCGACCGCAAAAGCCAUAUUUAUACGACCGAGAAGGGAAGAAGCUCUGGAGGAUGCUGAAAAUAAAUACGACGCAUUAAGUUUGCAAUUGGAGGAAUGAUAAAUCGAAACGAAUAGGGCAUAAGACGACAUAAUGACAGUGAUAGACAGGCUUGACGUUAAUCGCAAACGUAAAUUUAUGACUCGGAGGCUUUUUGGCACUUUUACCUUCAAAUGUACAAUUAUAUAACCUUAAAAAUAAUUAUCUCCAAAUUAUUUUAUGAUAUUUACUCUGUUUGCCUACCACUUGGCAUUUAUUAAACAAUGGCACCGAAUAUUCUUAAGAGCAGCCUCGAGAAUGCGUCGUUCAACAUUAUUUUUCAGAUAAUAUGUCGAUGCGUGACAUUUUUUUUAAAUGCUUUUGUGGUUCGACAUGUUGGACAAGCCAUCCUUGGGGUAAUGAACGUUCGUCUAUUACUAUUGGAGUCAAUGAUUUUGUUUUUAUCGAGAGAACCAUUUAUGAAAGCCUGUCUCACCAAUACUGCUGAACAUAACUGGGCUCAGGUCAUCAACUUACUCUGGAUAACAGUUCCCAUUUGUGUUGCCAUGUCUCUGAUAUUUGGAUAUAUUUGGCUAUUCGUUCUACAAACAUCCGAAGCCUUACCACCCUUUUAUACUUUUGCUGUAUACGCGGUUGCAAUUUCAUGUAUAAUAGAGCUGUCAUCGCUGGUAGUUCAACUUAUCGCCAGUGCUUUCUUAUUUGUUAGACUCAGGAUUGUUUUAGAUACUAUUAUGAUCGCACUAAGAACUACAACAUUUGUAUUUUUAAUCAUUUAUAAUCCAGAAAAUGCACUUUUUGCUUUUGGAGUAGCACAAUUAAUAGCGAGUCUGUUUUGUACGGCGAGUCAUUAUAUUUACUUCCAUUAUUAUAUUAAAAAAGUGAAGAGGCACAAAUUAAAGAGACGAUUAUCGGUAAGCGAUGAUGGAAUAGAAGAAUAUGUUGAAUCAGAGUUCCCCUUUAUGUCGAUUAAAGAUUUUUUGCCUUGUCAGCUUGAAAAUCAUGAUACACCUUUGAAUAAAAAUUUAUCAAUUCUUACAUGGAGUUUUUUCAAGCAGGGAAUUCUGAAGCAGGUUCUGACAGAAGGUGAAAGACUAAUCAUGACAAUAUUACCAGUAUUAUCGUUCUCAGAACAGGGUGUGUACGAAAUAGUAAACAAUUUGGGUUCACUGGCUGCUAGAUUCAUCUUCCGACCAAUCGAGGAAAGUGGAUACUUUUAUUUUACACAAAUGGUGCAACGCGAUAAACCAAUAUCUCAUCAACCGCAAGCUAAAAUACAGGAAAGCGCUAAUGUUCUAAAAUAUUUAUGCUGUGUAGUAACAUCUAUUGGAUUAAUAGUUUUGAUCUUUGGACAAUCUUAUUCGUCUCUGCUCUUAUGGCUUUAUGGCGGAGAAAAAUUAGUGUCUCCACUUCCUAUACUUCUGCUCAGAGCCCAUUGUUUAGCUAUUCUUUUGCUGGGUGUCAAUGGAGUUACGGAAUGUUAUACCAACGCUACAGCAGACAGUGCAACAAUCAACAAAAACAAUUUUAUCAUGAUCUAUGAAUCAAUAGCAUUCCUUGGUGCAUCUUAUAUUUUUGCUAUUUGGUUUGGCCCGGUUGGAUUUAUAUUCGGUAAUUGUGUCAACAUGGCUCUGAGAAUAGCUCACUCAACAAUAUUUAUUAAUAAACGAUAUACAGAGACAAAUUAUCAGCCUCUUUUGGGUUUGAUUCCAAAAUCAUUUUUUAGUAGCAGCUUAAUCAUUGCUGCAUUAGUCACUGCAUGUUCUCACGCCUAUUAUUUUCCAAAUAACAAAUGUUUACAUCUAUUUAUUGGUGUUAUAAUGCUCAGUACGGUACUAUUUUCAUGGAUCUAUGAAAAUUAUGAUUUAUUGAAACUUGGUGUGAGCAAGUUGUUAGAAAGACGUAGUAGUAGUAGGAGCGUAAAAAUUGAAUGA